AUGACCAGUAUAACGGCAGGUCCGCCUAUUCCGGAGUCAAUUCUCAGGCAACGAGAAGAAAGAAAACAAAAGUUUUUAAAAAUACAAGAAAAAUCACAAAAGACGGAGGUUUUAGAUCAUGAAGAUAAAAAUGAAAAUGAAAAUGAAAAUGAAAAUGAAAAUGAAAAUGAAAAUAAAAAUAAAAAUGAAAAUAAAAAUGAAAGUGAAAGUGAUAGUGAUGACGGGUUUGGUCCACAACUUGCAGAUGCAACAACUGAUAACAGUGCACAGGAAGAACAAGAGGCUAUGGAAAGGUUAAAACUACGGGAAUUAGAAGAGCAGGAGAGGAAGGAGAAGGAAGACAAGGCAAGUGGGAAAAAAGACAUGGCAGCGAGGGAAAACUGGAUGGCAUUUGCACUAGGACAAAAGCAGGACAAGGACAUUAGGUAUGAUCCUAAGACAAUGCGGAGGAUUGGAGGAGGAGGAGGAGGAGGAGGAGGAGGAGUAUCAAUGGCAGGGAAAAUUGAGACUGAGAGUGAGAGGACGAAACGGAUGGCAGAUGAGAUGAUGGGAUUAACAGGAGAAGCCAAUAAGGAAGAGAAAGAGAAACAAAAGAAAAAGGAAGAUAAAGAAGAGGAGGAUGAAGAGAAAGAGGAAGAAGAGUACUUUUUAGCACGAAGGAAUGAACCAUCAUUAUUAGACCAGCAUUUGAAAAAGCGAGAGGAGGAAAAUAGUAAGAAAAAAAGGAAACGGGACAAGUUUGAUUGGGAGCGGGAUAUGAAGGGAGGAUCUUUGAGCAGUAAUAAAGUACAAAAGAUUGUGAGUCAGGCCCAGGAUAUGAGUAGUCGGUUUUCACGGGGGAAGAAAAAGUGA